AUGGCACACAAGGGAGGACAUAAAGAUAUACCCCAUGGCGUGUGUUUCUACGUCCGCCGGCUCCGUCCUGUGAGCAGACGCCAUGUCGUUGUCCCUAGUGUCCACGCCAUUCGCCGCCGCGGUGCAGAAGCAGCUCCUGGCGGCGCCCGUGCCGCUGCACUCGUUCCUCCUGAGCAGCCGGCGCCAGCCGCCGCGCCGUGCCGCCGCCGGCGCGCCAUCCGGUGCGCGGUCGCCGGCGGCAACGGCCUGUUCACGCAGACCAAGCCCGAGGUGCGGCGCGUGGUGCCGACCGACCCGCGGGGCCUGCCGCGGGUCAAGGUCGUCUACGUCGUGCUGGAGGCGCAGUACCAGUCGUCCGUCACGGCCGCCGUGCAGCAGCUCAACGCCGACCCGCGCCGCGCCGCGGCGUUCGAGGUCGUGGGAUACCUCGUCGAGGAGCUCCGCGACGAGGACACCUACGCCACCUUCUGCGCCGACCUCGCCGACGCCAACGUCUUCAUCGGCUCCCUCAUCUUCGUCGAGGAGCUGGCGCUCAAGGUCAAGGCCGCCGUCGAGAAGGAGCGCGACCGCAUGGACGCCGUCCUCGUCUUCCCCUCCAUGCCCGAGGUCAUGCGCCUCAACAAGCUCGGCUCCUUCAGCAUGUCGCAGCUGGGGCAGUCCAAGAGCCCCUUCUUCCAGCUCUUCAAGCGCAACAAGUCCAACUCCAGCAACUUCGCCGACAGCAUGCUCAAGCUCGUGCGCACGCUGCCCAAGGUGCUCAAGUACCUGCCCUCCGACAAGGCGCAGGACGCCAGGCGCUACAUCCUCAGCCUCCAGUUCUGGCUCGGCGGCUCGCCGGACAACCUCCAGAACUUCCUCAAGAUGAUCGCUGGCUCCUACGUGCCGGCGCUCAGGGGCGCCGGCAUCAAGUACGACGACCCCGUGCUCUACCUCGACUCCGGCAUCUGGCACCCGCUGGCGCCCACCAUGUACGAGGACGUCAAGGAGUACCUCAACUGGUACGGCACGCGCCGGGACGCCAACGACAAGCUCAAGGACCCCAAUGCGCCCGUCAUCGGCCUCGUCCUGCAGAGGAGCCACAUUGUCACCGGCGACGACGGGCACUAUGUCGCCGUCAUCAUGGAGCUCGAGGCCAGGGGCGCCAAGGUCAUACCCAUCUUCGCCGGCGGCCUCGACUUCUCCGGGCCCACCCAGCGCUACCUGGUCGACCCAGUCACCGGCAAGCCGUUCGUGAACGCCGUGGUGUCUCUCACCGGGUUCGCGCUCGUCGGCGGGCCGGCGAGGCAGGACCACCCCAAGGCCAUUGCAGCGUUGCAGAAGCUCGACGUGCCGUACAUUGUCGCGCUCCCGCUCGUGUUCCAGACCACGGAGGAGUGGCUCAACAGCACCUUGGGGCUUCACCCCAUUCAGGUGGCGCUGCAGGUGGCGCUGCCGGAGCUCGACGGGAAAUCACAUGCAUUGCACAAGAGAGUGGAGCAGCUCUGCACUAGAGCCAUCAGAUGGGCACAACUGAAGAGGAAAACUAAGGAGGAGAAGAAACUGGCAAUCACUGUUUUCAGUUUCCCACCUGACAAGGGCAACGUGGGGACUGCAGCAUAUCUGAAUGUGUUCAACUCCAUCUACUCUGUGCUGUCAGACCUCAAGAAGGACGGCUACAACGUUGACGGUCUCCCAGACACACCUGAAGCCCUCAUCGAGGAGGUGAUCCAUGACAAGGAGGCUCAAUUCAACAGCCCCAACCUGAAUGUGGUUUACCGGAUGAAUGUGCGGGAGUACCAGGCACUCACCUCCUAUGCCUCCUUGCUGGAGGAGAACUGGGGGAAGCCACCUGGGCACCUCAACUCUGAUGGCGAGAACCUCCUUGUCUAUGGGAAGCAGUAUGGCAAUGUCUUCAUCGGAGUGCAGCCCACUUUCGGGUACGAAGGCGAUCCGAUGCGGCUUCUGUUCUCAAAGUCUGCCAGCCCUCACCAUGGCUUUGCAGCAUACUACACCUUUGUUGAGAAGAUCUUCCAGGCCGAUGCUGUUCUGCACUUUGGAACACACGGGUCCCUGGAGUUCAUGCCUGGCAAGCAGGUUGGGAUGAGUGAUGCUUGCUACCCUGACAGUCUCAUUGGCAACAUCCCCAACAUCUACUACUAUGCUGCAAACAACCCAUCAGAGGCCACAGUUGCCAAACGCCGGAGCUAUGCAAUUACCAUCAGCUACCUGACCCCGCCGGCUGAGAAUGCCGGUCUCUACAAGGGGCUCAAGCAGCUGUCAGAGCUCAUCUCCUCUUACCAGUCUCUCAAGGACACCGGGCGUGGUACUCAGAUUGUGAGCUCAAUCAUCAGCACCGCAAAGCAGUGCAACCUUGACAAGGAUGUCCCACUGCCCGAGGAAGGGGAGGAGCUCCCACCAAAUGAACGUGACCUGGUCGUUGGAAAGGUGUACGCCAAGAUCAUGGAGAUAGAGUCACGGCUCCUUCCCUGUGGUCUACAUGUGAUCGGCGAGCCACCGAGCGCCAUCGAGGCUGUGGCCACACUGGUGAACAUAGCUGCCCUUGACCGCCCGGAGGAUGGCAUAACCUCACUGCCCGGCAUACUUGCUGCCACAGUGGGCAGGGAGAUUGAAGAUGUGUACAGGGGAAGUGACAAGGGCAUACUGGCUGACGUCGAGCUUUUGAGGCAGAUAACUGAAGCUUCGCGUGGCGCCAUCACCGCCUUUGUUGAGAAGACCACAAACAGCAAAGGGCAAGUCGUCAAUGUUGCCAACAACCUCAGUAACAUACUUGGUUUCGGUCUGUCGGAACCAUGGGUGCAGUACCUGUCCACGACCAAGUUCAUCAGGGCAGACAGAGAGAAGCUGAGGGUUCUGUUUGGAUUCCUGGGUGAGUGCUUGAAGCUCGUCGUGCAAGACAAUGAGCUGGGCAGCUUGAAGCUCGCCCUCGACGGAAGCUAUGUGGAGCCUGGCCCUGGCGGUGACCCGAUCCGGAACCCGAAGGUGCUCCCGACAGGGAAGAACAUCCAUGCUCUUGACCCACAGUCCAUCCCAACCACAGCUGCCAUGAAGAGCGCCAAGAUCGUCGUCGACCGUCUCCUGGAGAGGCAGAAGGCCGACAAUGGCGGCAAGUACCCUGAGACAGUUGCACUUGUCUUGUGGGGCACCGACAACAUCAAGACCUAUGGCGAGUCAUUGGCCCAGGUGCUGUGGAUGAUUGGUGUCCGGCCAGUUGCUGACACCUUCGGCCGUGUCAACCGUGUGGAGCCUGUCAGCCUCGAGGAGCUUGGACGUCCAAGGAUUGACGUCGUCGUCAAUUGCUCGGGUGUCUUCAGAGACCUUUUCAUCAACCAGAUGAACCUGCUGGACCGGGCGGUGAAGAUGGUCGCCGAACUGGACGAGCCAGCAGAGAUGAACUACGUGCGCAAGCAUGCGCAGGAGCAGGCAGAGGAGCUCGGCGUCUCGCUGAGAGAGGCGGCAACAAGGGUGUUCUCGAACGCAUCAGGCUCCUACUCGUCCAACGUGAACCUGGCGGUGGAGAACGCGUCAUGGACCGACGAGAAGCAGCUCCAGGACAUGUACCUGAGCCGCAAGUCGUUCGCGUUCGACAGCGACGCUCCGGGGGCAGACAUGAAGGAGAAGCGCAAGGCGUUCGAGCUCGCUCUGGCGACGGCGGACGCCACGUUCCAGAACCUCGACUCGUCGGAGAUCUCGCUGACGGACGUGAGCCACUACUUCGACUCGGACCCGACGAAGCUCGUGCAGGGCCUGCGCAAGGACGGCCGGGCGCCGUCAUCGUACAUAGCCGACACCACCACGGCGAACGCCCAGGUGAGGACGCUGUCGGAGACGGUGCGCCUCGACGCGAGGACCAAGCUGCUGAACCCCAAGUGGUACGAGGGGAUGAUGAAGAGCGGGUACGAGGGGGUCAGGGAGAUCGAGAAGCGGCUCACCAAUACCGUUGGAUGGAGCGCGACGUCUGGGCAGGUCGACAACUGGGUCUACGAGGAGGCCAACUCCACGUUCAUCGAAGACGAGGCGAUGAGGAAGAGGCUCAUGGAGACCAACCCCAAUUCGUUCAGGAAGCUGGUGCAGACCUUCUUGGAAGCCAGUGGCAGAGGCUACUGGGAGACAUCGGAGGAGAACCUGGACAGGCUCCGGGAGCUCUACUCGGAGGUUGAAGACAAGAUUGAGGGGAUUGACAGGUAA